CGGGAGGCUCAGGAGGACAGCUGGGGAGAAGGGGAGACCUGACGACGCCAUGGGGCUCAGCGACGGGGAAUGGCAGUCCGUGCUGACUAUCUGGGGGAAGGUGGAGGCUGACAUCCCAGGCCAUGGGCAAGCAGUCCUCAUCAGCCUCUUCACGAGUCACCCUGAGACCCUGGACAAGUUCGAGAAGUUCAAGAACCUGAAGUCAGAGGACGAGAUGAAGGCCUCUGAGGACCUGAAGAAGCACGGUGCCACUGUGCUCACUGCCCUGGGGGGCAUCCUCAAGAAGAAGGGGCAGCACGAGGCAGAGCUGAAGCCCCUGGCCCAGUCACAUGCCACCAAGCACAAGAUCCCCGUCAAGUACCUGGAGUUCAUCUCGGAAGCCAUCAUCCAGGUUCUGAAGAACAAGCACUCUGGGGACUUUGGCACCGAUGCCCAGGAAGCCAUGAAGAAGGCUCUGGAGCUCUUCCGGAACGACAUCGCUGCCAAGUACAAGGAGCUGGGGUUCCAGGGCUAAGCCCCCCAAAGCUCCCACCCCCACCCACCUGGGCCCAGGUGCAGGGGAGGGCGGGGACUGAAUCUCUCAUAGCUGUGUAGAGUUUGCUUCUGAGUGUCUGCUUUGAGUAUGAGAGGUGGUGGGAGAGGCGGAGGGGCUGGGAGGGGGCGGUCAAGGUGGCUUGCCACGCCUGGGCGGGGCUCCCUGUGGAGGGUCCUCACCUUGGGAACAGGGAGAAGCAUUGCCCUCAGCUCACUGUGGCCUGCGGACUGUGGACCAUACGUAACUCUCCUCUCACCUAAAUCCCAACCCAAUUCCUUCCAACCUCCAAACGGACCCAUUCCUGUACCCUCGCCUUUAACCCCAAAUCCAAGCUGCAAACUAAGCCCCAGCCACGAUAAUUCUCUGAUCGCCCCGCCCUGCGCCCCGCCCCUUAAAGACAGCAGAGUGUCCCUUUGCCGUGAGAAGGAGGUGGGAGGCGGGGUGGCCGACCGCCACAUCCAGCCCUAGGGAGGUGUGGGGUGUCUGGAACAGAAGUGUGCCUUCUCAGCUGAUGGAGUGACUCACCUGGUUUUAAUAAAAGACUCUGCAACAUCA